GCUUGAUUUAAUGUGUCCAAGGUCCCCUACGGUACAUUGAAGCAGAGGCAGUGUCUGUGUCAUAACUUCCAAGUCCCUUUCUUCUCUCUCUCAGCCCCGGCCACGUGUCCCCCUCAGCUCGGGUGACUUCAUGUGUUCGGAAUGUGACAAGGUGUUCCCCCUGCAGUGCAUGUUGACGCGCCACCUCAAGUGCCACAGCAUGGUGAAGAGACACCCCUGCCACUGCUGUGGCAAGGGCUUCAACGACACCUUUGACCUAAAGAGGCACAUGCGCACUCACACAGGUAUCCGUCCGUACCGCUGUGAGCUGUGUGACAAGGCCUUCACCCAGCGCUGCUCCCUCGAAUCCCACCUGAGGAAGAUCCAUGGUGUUUUCCAGCAGUAUGCCUACCGCCAGCGUCGCUCCAAGAUCUUCGUGUGCGAGGACUGCGGCUACACAUCCAACCGGCCCGACGAGUACUUCCUCCACAUGUGCCAGUGCCACCCGAGCAGCCAAGCCCUGCGCCGCUACUACCGCCACCAGGCACAUGAGGGCGCCAACAACAUGCUCUCUCAACACAAACCCAGCCCCUUUUUUAUUUAUACUACAGCUGGGUAUUAUAUGGGUUGAUUAAUACUCCGGAGUGAAGUUUCACCUAGGUACAGAUAUAGGAUCAGCUUCCCAUUCCCCAGCCCACAUCUUAACCAUUAGUAGGGAAGAUGCAACAUUUAGAUUAGCGUCUACAGGCAACUUUACUUGUUUCUGCCUUAGCCAAUUCCUUUGUUGUUAACUUGUCACAAAGUAGAGAAAGUCUAGCACCAAGGCUAAAUGCAUCACAAGCAUUUCGCUACCCCGCAAUAACAUCGACUACACCCGCAAUAUCAUCUGCUAAAUAUGUAUAUGUGGGCCUCCCGGAUUUCGCAGUGGUCUAGGGCACUGGUAGCUGUGCUACCAGAGACUCUGGGUUCGCGCCCAGGCUCUGUCGCAGCUGGCUGCGACCGGGACGUCCGUGGGGAGACGCACAAUUGGCCUAGCGUCGUCCGGGUUAGGGAGGGUCUGGCCGGAUAGGGAUAUCCUCGUCUCAUCGCGCACCAGCGUCUCCUGUGGCGGGCCGGCCGCAGUGCGCGCCAACCAGGUUGCCAGGUGCACGGUGUUUCCUCCGACACAUUGGUGCGGCUGGCUUCCGGGUUGGAUGCGCGCUGUGUCAAGAAGCAGUGUGGCUUGGUUGGAUUGUAUUUCGGAGGACGUAUGGCUUUCGACCUUCGUCUCUCCCAAGUUUUGUUUAUCACUUUUUUGGUUACUACCUGAUUCCUUCCAUAUGUGUUAUUUCAUAGUUUUAAUGUCUUCACUACUAUUCUACAAUGUAGAA